UCUCAUCAACUCUAUUUGCUCAAGAAAGACAAGAUAUUCAACAAUGUCCAACCCACAGAUUUCUUCCAUGGAAAACAAUGAGAAUGGAGCUACUGAAAUUAAUACGAGAGAAAAUAUUGAGAGUGGAACUACUGAUCAUGAAGCUACCACAAUAACAACUGAACAUAAAGGGCCAGACCCGAAUAGCUGGUUACCUGUGACAGCAUCUAGGGAAGCCAAGUGGUGGUACUCAACUUUCCAUAAUGUAACAGCUAUGGUGGGUGCUGGGGUUCUAGGCCUACCAUUCGCAAUGUCUCAACUUGGAUGGAUCCCUGGAACCAUUGGAAUAUUUCUUUCAUGGUUGAUCACUUUCUACUCACUGUGGCAACUUGUGGAACUGCACGAAGUGGUGCCUGGAAGGCGUUUCGAUCGAUACCCAGAACUUGGGCAGUAUGCUUUUGGAGAAAAACUUGGGUAUUGGAUAAUCAUGCCUCAACAAACGCUUGUUCAGGUGGCUAGUACCAUAGUUUACAAUGUAACUGGAGGGAAAUCUUUGAAGAAGUUCGUGGACCUGGUCAUUCCAUGCCUCUCUAAUAUCAAACAAACAUAUUUUAUCCUCAUGUUUAUUUGUGUGCAAUUUGUGCUCUCUCAAACUCCCAAUUUUAAUGCACUUAAAGGAGUUUCCUUACUUGCAGCACUCAUGUCUUUCUGCUAUUCAAUGGUGGCUUUUGUCGCAUCAACAGUUAGGGGUAGCCAACACCAUCCAACAAGCUAUGGAGUUCGAUCUCAUACAACUGCAGGCAUAAUCUUUAAUGCUCUGAAUGGGAUUGGAACUAUAGCAUUUGCUUAUGCAGGGCACAGUGUGGUUCUAGAGAUUCAAGCUACAAUUCCAUCAACUCCACAGAACCCUUCCAAAAAGCCCAUGUGGAAAGGUGUCGUUCUUGCUUAUAUCAUCGUUAUCAUUUGCUAUAUUUCAGUUGCUGUUUCUGGCUUUUGGGCUUUUGGGGAUCUCGUAGAGGAUGAUGUUCUUAUUUCACUUGAAAAGCCCCGCUGGCUUAUCGCUGCUGCUAAUCUCAUGGUGUUCUUCCAUGUCAUAGGAAGCUACCAGGUUUUUGCCAUGCCAGUGUUUGAUAUGAUCGAGUCAUAUUUGGUUCUAAGGAGGAAUUUUACUCCUGGAAGACCUCUUCGCCUUAUUGCUCGAAGUGCAUUCGUAGCUUUGUCAGGAUUUAUAGGGAUUUGCGUUCCAUUUUUUGGAGGACUACUUGGAUUUUUUGGGGGACUUGUUUUCGCAUCAACUUCAUAUUUUAUUCCAUGCAUCAUGUGGCUGGUCAUCCACAAACCAAAGAGAUGGAGUUUUCAUUGGUUCGCAUCAUGGAUUUCAAUCAUUAUUGGCGUUCUAAUAGCAAUGCUUUCACCUAUAGGAGGACUACGACAAAUUAUUAUUUCAGCCAAAACAUACAAGGUUUUCUCUUAGGAGAUUGUAUUUUCUAAGUAGGGAUAGCAAUGGCGUUGUUGUUGUGUAUGUACUGCAGUUAAUUGAUUGGCUGCAGAUAUAAUCAUUUUAUUCAUUCAUGUUUGCAGAUAUAAUCAUUUUAUUCAUUCAUGUAAAUAUACAUUUUAUUAUUAAUAAAGGUAUUUUUUUAUA